AUGAUCACCGCUUCAGUCAUUCUCACCUGGGGCCUCUGCGCCCUCUGGGGUGUCUUCCUCAGUCAAUCCUCGGUCGACCUCCUUGCUACUGUCUCUCGCCUCCGCACCCUCUCCCUCUCCUCGGUCUCUGCCUUCAUGCAGAUUGCUGGUUCCACCAACUUCAAGCGUAUCCAAACCUUGGACUCGAGCACUGUCGCUGCCCUCUCGGGGGGAGCUGACUCGUUCAACAUCCUCGGUGACGGAUUCAAGAACCUCAAGACCGACUCCAGCCACGCACUGAACUCCACACCCGGUCCCAACACGCCCUUCGCACCGCGCGGCCAAGGUUCACUGCAACUCUCCCUCCUGCUAUACAUCGUCCUCGGCGUCUCCACCGGCAUCGUAUGUCUCCUCGGCUUGUACGCCAUCUACGAGGUCAUCCGGUAUGGUUACACCGAGUCUUCGGGCACUGUCGAGGUCAAAGACGGUAAAUCGGGCGCGGGAACUCGUAUUCCUGCUGACCUUUUGCCGACUUCUGAGCCCACGAUCAUCCUCGACCUCCACCCCGAAACACCACUCGCAACCAUACUCGGCGACGCCCAUGUAGACCGCGAGGACAACCACGAUGCCACACCCGACGACGUCCCCUACAACCCACUCGCUUUCAUUUCCAUCCGCUCCCCUACGAGCAUCCCCGAGGUGAACAUCGCGGUAUCCAGCCCGAUCGCCCACUUCGUCACGCCCCCCUUGCCGGCCUCCCCCAGUCUUGCGGAUGCAGUCGAGGUCACGGUCUCACCGCCGCGCCUUGCCUUUACCACCGAGCGCUGUGAUGGCCCAGCCCCACUGCAGACAGCAGACUCCGAGCCACAGGUGACGGCCAGACCUGUCUGGCACGCGCGCGACUUCACCAGCAUGUCCUCGACGAUCCGCUCAACGAUCUGA